ACUGGCUAUAGGCACCACAGGAGGGGCCCCAGGUCUGAAGACUCGGGGAGCAGGGAGAAAUCAAAGUGGAGUACGUCCUUGGCUUCCUUUCUGUUAGAUGCUGGGUAUCAGGAGUUCUUCCCACAAUUCAUGAAGAAACUCCUGCUGCUCUUCCACAUACUUUAUCCUAGAAAAGAGAACUUUUUCCACUGGCAGAAGAGACUUCCACUGGAGAAAGAAGGAGGUUUUCCCUGCUAGCCCCAUGUCUGUACUGCUGGGGAUUCAUCUCAACAUCUCCCACCCUGACUUUUCAUGCAAGAGAAGAAAGACUACCUUCUCUAGACCCUCCUUUUGGGAAAAGGAGAAGGGAACUCACCUGUCUUUAUUUUAAAGGUCUGGAGAUUUGUUUCAACCUGCCCUUGUGAAUGGGUUGCCUGGUGUUUCAAAAUCUCAAGGUAUUCAAUAAAGAUGAGCCAGGUUGCCCCGAAGACCAUGAACUUGUCUUCUGAACACUGCAACAUGUCAGAUUGGCUGAGGCUGGAAGCAACUGUGAAGGCCUCCGUGUACGUGGUGGCUUUCUCCUUCGCCACAUUUAUCACAGUCAUCAUUAUCGCCAUCGUCUCACAGAAUUCAAAACUGAGGAAAGAGGUUCGAUACAUCCUUCUCUGUCACCACCUGCUGUGCAUCUCCUCCUACUGCGGCCUGGGGGUGGUUUUCCAAGGGAUGCGAGCCUUCCUGGCCGACAGCCCUGUCCUGGUAUGCUGGGUGGUGUUCGGGGUACAGCUGAGUGUUGGAGAAGGGAUCCUCUUCACGCUGGCCUUGAUGGCUGCCCACACAUACCUGGUGGUCUGCUGGCCCUUGACAUCUGUGUCCUUUGUAGAUUCCGUUAAGUAUAAGAUUCUGUCCGGGACUUGGCUCAUUAUUAUACUGAAGAAUGCUUGCCUCUUCCUCAUAGAGGGCACUGGCCCUACGCAGAUUGCUCUUUUAAAAUCUGAGCCCCUUUGCCCGGUGGUCUUGAAUGGCAUUCCUGCUAGAGCCAUUGGCAUGGUUUUCCUUUUCCUUCUUCUGUCUAUCAUUCUUGUAAGUUACUCCCUGAUAUACAAAGAAGGGAAACGGGCUGGCCACUUUAAUAGGUCAAAUAUCAAAGCAAGGAAAACCGUCCUUAUUCAUUUAGUGCAAUUGGGCCUGCACGUAAUACCAACUCUGUUAUUCAUUGGUUUGGGAAAGAUGUGUGGAGUGUUUUUCUUUGCUUUAAAUCUGGUGCUUUUUGGAGUCUUUGCCUUUGCUCAGUGUUUUAACCCUCUGAUCUAUGGGCUCUGGAAUAGAGAGUUGCAAAGCAGAUUAUACUACUGGAUGUGCUGUCAACUGUGGUGUGGUCACUGUGGUGUGACUAGCAGAGUGUCAGUUUAAAUAAAAAUUCAGCCAUUUUGAAUCAA